AUGUCGCUAACAAUAUCGAGCUUGAUUCCUCGCGCAACUCAUCCUUUCUUCCAGGUGAUUAACAUACCCACUAAGGUUAACAAGGGUAUUGUUGAAAUUAUUACCCUAGUUGAGCUGAUCAAGAAAGGAGGCAAAGUUGGCUCCUCUGAGGUUGCCCUCCUUGCCAAACUUGGGAUAAAGUCAUUCUCAUACAGGCUUGUGGUUCUCUCUAUCUAUGACAAUGGAUCUAUCUUCAUCCCAGAGGUGCUCAACCUCACUGAGGAUGACAUCGUUGACAAGUUUUACAGCUGGUGUUUCUAUAGUUGCUCUGCUGUCCUUGGCUCUUUCUUACCCAACUCUUGCAGCUACACAUUCGGUGUUCAUCAAUUCUUACAAGGAUUAUUCUGA